AUGCCAAAGCAUCAGAAAUCCGACCCCUUCCCGGUCUUCCGCGGGGAGCAGCCGGACGGAACAGAGGUGGCGAUCAAGGCCCUGGCAACUCCGAAAGAGUCGGGCUUCGAGGAAGAGGUGCGUGUCCUGAGUAUGUUCCGCCACCCAAACCUCGUCACCCUCAUGGGCUUCGCGCGAAAUGGCAACCAGCGCUUCCUCGUGUACGAGCUCAUGGAAGGGGGUGAUCUCUUCAACCGCCUCUACAACUCGCGAAAGGGCCGACAGGACUUCCUUUGGCGAGACCGGCUCUGCGUGGCGUUCGAUGCAGCCUGUGGUUUGUCGCAUUUGCACUUCCAGACGCCCAAGGUCUUUCACCGAGACAUCAAGUCCAUGAAUAUCCUGCUCUCCCGAUCUGGCACCGCCAAAGUGGCAGACUUCGGCUUGGCCUCCAUCUCCAAGAAGCGAGGGGCGCAUCGCCCGGGGAGCUUGGCAGGGACUCCAGGCUACAUGUGCCCGAUCUACGAGAAGACUUGCGUAAUCACGGAGCGCUCCGAGGUGCGUCAGCUUGAAAUUGGAGAUGAUGCCCUUCCCGGAGAUUCACUUUCUGCUUUCCUCCUCGUGUUCCUCCUCGUGGUUGCGGAGAAGGAACGGCGCUACUUUCUGAACCGCACCGCGCCCAUGGUGGAACUGCCAGUGCCGUCGCCGAGCCAUGAGGUGAUGGUUGAGGCAGGUCGCCAAUUCCGGGCGCUUCGUCGGAGCCUAAUUCAGAUGGUCAUGGAUGUUUGUGGUGUGUUGGGCAUUCUGGUGCUGACUGCAUACACCGUCCGCAUCAUCCUGCUGGGCAGGGACAGCCUGUCUUGUGGUGAAAUGAGCCACGUGGUUCUGCUGGUUCUGUGGUUGCUGACGUGUUCAGCUUUCCACACAGGAGUUUUAACUUAUGGCGAAGGCCAGAUCAUCUUCCUCAUGUAUGUUUUCAACCUUCUCACCCUCGGAAUGACGGUUUACAUCGAUGAGGUUGCGAAGCCAAUGUUGGAGCCCAUGAUUCUGGUGGGCCGAAUUGUUGGCUCGCUUGUUUUUCUUGACUGGCGGCACGCGAUUUGCUGCAAUUGUCUCUUCGCAGCGCGGCGAUUCCAGCAGCGGGCGCACGAGGACUUCGCACAGCUCGCGAACAGCUUCGUCUCUGAAUUCUGUGUUUGCACGCUCAUCCUGAUCGUUCCAUGGGCCCUGCAAGUCUUGAUGCAGAAGUGGAUUAGUAUCAUCGUGGCAGCCUCCGAUUUGGACAUGGCCCUACGAGCGGCCAAAGCCGUCAUCGCCAGCAGCUGUGAUGCUGAGGCAGAGAUGACCAGCGACCUUCGCUUGCACCAGGUGUCCUUUAAGUUGGCUCACAUGCUUGGCCAGCAGCCGAGCGAGCUCGAGGGAAAGCACUUCUCAAAAAUGCUGCAAGAGGAGAGCCGCCAGCGCUUCGAGGCCUGCUGUCAGGCCGCGAGGGCGCAGGCGGAAAGGACUUCCCAGCCUGCAGCUUCAUCCGUCAUUGUCACUGUGAAUGCCCGGAGUGCCAGAAAGGACGUGGAAGUUCGAAUAUGCAACCUCUCCCCGCUGAGUCAAGGUGGAGGCAGGUACAUCGCAGCUCUCUUGGAGGUGGGUAACAGCCCAGAAGAAGCUCCUGACGUGCUGCAAGAAGACGAAGCAGGCAAACGCGGCUAUUUCCUGGUUGUGUUUGAGUUUUCUGUUCGACCCAUAUGA